AUGGCGGACUUCAAGCCAAACUCGGGGAUACCCAAACAUGAGAUGGUGUACUUCCCAAAGAUGACGACCUCUCUUCCAAGUACAUCGGGCGAAUUCCGCAAAGUCCUGUUCACAGGCCUCUAUUCACAGGUGGUUUUGAUGACGAUCCCCGUUGGCGGCGAUAUUGGAGAUGAAGUUCAUACCGUUGAUCAAGCAUUGACGUUCACAAGCGGCAAGAGGAAGGCAACAAUCAAUGGAAAAGACCAGGACGUUGAGGCUGGGGAUUUGAUGGUGGUGCCAGCUGGAACACAACAUCAAUUCAUCAAUACUGGAUCGACGUCUCUGAUUUUGUACACUAUCUACUCUCCAGCGGAACAUAAACCUACCACCGUUCAUCAUACCAAGGAGGAGGGAGACAGUGAGGAGGACGACGGAAUUGACGAGGCCCCGGAAUGGAGUCAGAAGUGUAAGAAAGAGAACGAGGAUGCUGGAUUGGUGAAGCUCAGUGGGAAAUAUUAG